GCAAUAUACUUUACGCAACAUAUUAAGGAUGCGCUGGACAGCUUCACAAAGUGUUUUAUCGCCAGUAAUUAUAGACGCUUUAUAAUCCCGCGGGGCGGGGGAAAUGGCCUAAUAAAAAAACUGCUUCUUAGUUACCGGGCUACGACGUCUCCAUGUUACCAGUAAAGAUGAAGUACUACCCUUCAGAGAUUCCCGACUCCGGCUGGGUUAAACCCACUAUCGUGUUUAUGGACAAUAAUGACAGAUACGUCAGUCAGUGGCUUCUAGACUGUGAAAAAUACAGUGUUCAGAGUGUGAACAAAGAGGAAAAACCAGACUAUCCCCCCGCCUCACAGUGUGGCUCCAGUGAAAUUUACUGCGAAGUGGCAGACAUUGCAACAGAUGAUCGGAAAGAAAUUCAGAGGUGGUCCACUUGGCGAAUCAAAGUGAACGAACAGCUGAUUAAUAACGUGUUGGUGGUGGACCAGCUGUAUGCGGAAGUGGACAGUGACACAAAAGAGGAAGUGCCGUCCAGCGCCAAUUGUUUCCAGGAAGCCUCCAAAAGCAUGCGAAAAUCAUCAACAGACUUAUCGCUGCCAGAUUUCACCGUGUACGGAAUACCCCGAGUCCGACUCGGAAAGUAGAUGUGAAUUUGGAGAUUACAAUGUAAUAAUUGUUACUUAUUACAAUCACAGUGCAAUAAUACGUGACAGUGGUUUAGUAUUAUAUAGCAAUGUUUUGUAUAUUUGACACAGAAUACCACAAUACCAAUUCCAGUAGUGCUUUCAAAUUUGAAAACUUAAUUAUUCAGUUUCCCUGAAAUUUAUAUGCAUGUAUACUCCUCAACAGAAUACCACAAUACCAAUUCCAGUAGUGCUUUCAAAUUUGAAAACUUAAUUAUUCAGUUUCCCUGUAAUUUAUAUGCAUGUAUACUCCUCAACUUUGUAGAAACUAGAAUGUAAAGGUGUAUCGAUCAUUUUAUUAAAAAGUGAAAUGAAUAAUAAAUUACACCAAAAGCUUUA